AUGAAGUUUCUACACCUGCCAGGUAUCGAUGCAAUAAACCUUGAUCUCAAUUUCUCAACAAGCGAUUGCUGUGUUUUUGGUGGCUGUGACCUUUAUACAACAAAGGCUACUGGUUCCGACAAACGUUUGCUCCGCUCUAUAACCGAUACAAUAGAAACGAAAUUUGAAGCAGAUGCAAGGCUUUCAGCGUCGCUUUCACCACCACUAGACUCAACUGAACUUUUCUCCCGAUCGUCACCGUUUGGGCCGCUCGAUCAAACCAGCUCGCGUAAAAUAUACUCGUACCUCCUUGCAACCCUGAAUGCAUCGCACCCAUACCACGAAUUUAGUUCUAUCGUACGGCCUGACCACUUUAGCAAAGAACGAUGUCUUCUUACAACUAUGAAUCGCUUCAAUGCCGCCCUUUUUAAUCUUGGAAAAACGAUCCCGAACCUCUGGGAAACGAUAGACAUGGAGAUGGAUCUUAAGGACUGCGCUAUCUACGUUUACGAACCAGACAACCUGGAGGACCCUUAUGCCACGGAAGGCCUUCUCUGGUGUAUGAUGUAUUUCUUUCAUAAUAAACACCGAAAACGGGUAUGUUAUUUAUACUUGCGCGCGGUGUCGAAAAGCAGUCAUUCCCACUCAAACAGAACAAUGGAAACAUGGCAGGAGGAGUGCGAUGACGAAGACUGGAAUUCCGACUCUGAGCGCUUAUGGGAAACCCCCGGUUCCGACAGUGACGAAUUUGUAGAGCACAUGGAGAUAUAA